AUGUCCCGGUCUCUAUUCUUUCUCUUGUUUGUCGCUGUCUUGGUCUUCACCGUCACUGCGACCGACUAUUUCGAACAACUGACACUCACUCCUUUACCCCUCGGCUCCCUCCUCGCCUCCUUCGACUUCCGCAGUAAUGAGACCCUAGACGACUACGAAGCACAAAACUUCAGGUACUUUCCUCGGUCCCUCGGCCAAGCGUUGAGGCAUGCAGAUGCCGAAGAACUACAUCUAAGGUUUACAACUGGCCGCUGGGAUCCAGAAACAUGGGGGGCAAGGCCAUGGGAUGGAACAAAGGAGGGGGGAACUGGAGUUGAACUAUGGGCAUGGGUUAAUGCUCCCUCGGAACAAGAAGCAUUUGCCAAAUGGACCACUCUGACACAAUCACUCUCCGGCCUGUUCUGUGCCUCGCUGAAUUUUGUGGAUUCGACGAGAACCACCAAGCCAGUCCUCACCUUCAAACCCUCAGCGACCCAAGACAGCCGUGAUAAGAACCUUCAUCUCCUCCAUGGUGUCCUUCCGGGAGAAGUCGUCUGCACGGAGAACCUGACUCCCUUUCUUAAACUACUUCCCUGCAAAGGCAAAGCAGGGAUCUCUAGUCUGUUGGAUGGGCAUAAAGUGUUUGACGCCUCUUGGCAGAGUAUGGCCAUCGAUGUGAGGCCCAAAUGUGACCUGAGUUCAAGCCAAUGCCAAAUGGAGAUCACCCAAACUAUUGACGUGGUCCUUGAUAUUGAGCGUUCGAAACGCCCGAGAGACAAUCCAAUUCCCCGCCCUGGGCCUUCCGACCAAUUGGUUUGUGACGAAACCAAGCCCUACCAUUCCCAUGACACCUGUUAUCCGCGAGAUCUCGAUGGCGAGAUGCCAUGGUCGUUGAAGGAUCUUUUUGGCAGAACAAUGGCUGGGCAAUGCCCACUUUCCGAACAAGAAGGACCAGAUGCAAGCUCUAUCUGUAUAAAUGUUCCCCAUGAGCGCAUGGUAUUGAUGGGCCUGACUGGAUCUGAGAUCAAGUCAGAACCCGGACUUCCAGAAUCUCGAUGCUAUCAGCUGAUGCCGCAUGAGGAGUUCGAUCUCGAACUUCCUCAGCAGAAGCUAAAUUCUCAGCAAGAUCUAGGCCAUGAGUUGGUAAGAGCUGAAAGAACUAUUACUGGGCACGGCGCAGCAAAGGGGAGCAUGCGUACGAUCUUCACCAAUCCUUCAUCCACAAAACCAGUGACUUUCGUCUAUUUCGAAAGCUUACCUUGGUUCAUGCGACCAUAUAUUCACACACUAAAAGCACAACUGACGCAAACCGACUUCCCUUCUGGCUGGAAAAUUAUCACCGACAUGUACUAUCGACCAGCCAUCGAUCGACAUCGAGGGACGCAGCUGGAACUAGUGAUUUCUGUUCCUCCCGCUAGCACGGUGAUGCUCACAUAUGAUUUCGAAAAAGCUAUCCUGAGAUACACGGAGUAUCCUCCUGACGCGAAUCGAGGCUUCAAUGUCGCGCCAGCAGUAAUAAGGAUUCUUCCAGACCAGAACUCCGGUGGGCAUGCUAAGGAUGUUUAUAUCCGAACGACGAGUCUGCUAUUGCCGCUGCCAACUCCUGAUUUUAGCAUGCCCUACAAUGUGAUUAUCUUAACGAGCACGAUUAUGGCACUCGCGUUUGGAAGCAUCUAUAACCUACUGAUCAGACGCUUGGUAGCAGCGGAUGAGGCAGGGGAAAGUCGCAUUCGGCGGUUGUCUAAUAAAGCCUCCGGGCUGGUGGUCAGGAUAAAAGAUAAACUCCGAGGAAAGGGAGAAAAAGUAGAAUAA